AGCUGUUUUUUUGCUGUUUGUUUGCUAUUAACCUCAUUGUUAUUCGCAGCCAGACUUAAUUUUCAACGUGGUGUUUGUUUUUAAAUUAGAAGGUUAAUCACACAAUUUAAUAUGAGCACCAUCCUUGAAAAAAUUGCAGCUAUUGAAGCUGAGAUGGCAAGAACUCAGAAGAAUAAAGCUACAGCAGGGCAUCUUGGUUUACUUAAAGCUCGGUUGGCUAAAUUGAGGCGAGAACUUAUCACUCCUAAAGGUGGUGGUGGUGCAACUGUUGAAGGAUUUGAAGUUGCCAAAACUGGAGAUGCUCGAAUCGGUUUUGUUGGAUUUCCUUCUGUUGGAAAGUCUACAUUGCUGACAACCCUGGCAGGGGUCUAUUCUGAAGUUGCUGCCUAUGAAUUCACGACUCUAACAACUGUGCCUGGUUGUAUCAAGUACAAAGGAGCAAAGAUCCAGUUACUUGAUCUUCCUGGAAUCAUAGAAGGAGCCAAGGAUGGCAAAGGUCGUGGUAGACAAGUAAUUGCUGUUGCCCGAACUUGCAGCCUCAUUUUUAUCGUUUUGGAUGUUCUAAAACCCCUCGGGCACAAGAAGUUGAUUGAACAUGAGUUGGAAGGUUUUGGACUUCGGCUGAACAAACAACCUCCUAACAUCGGUUUUCGUAAAAAGGAUAAAGGAGGAAUCAAUCUACAAACACUUGUUCCACAAUCAGAACUAGAUCUAGACACAGUCAAGACAAUACUGUCAGAGUAUAGGAUCCACAACGCUGACAUCACCUUGAGAUAUGACGCAACCAGUGACGACUUGAUUGAUGUAAUUGAAGGAAACCGGAUAUACAUACCCUGCAUUUACCUGCUCAACAAAAUAGAUCAAAUAAGCAUUGAAGAGCUUGACAUAAUUUACAAGAUACCUCAUUGUGUUCCUAUAUCUGCACAUCACAAAUGGAACUUUGAUGAUCUACUAGAGAAGAUGUGGGACUACCUGAAACUUGUCAGGAUAUACACAAAGCCUAAAGGACAGCUUCCAGAUUAUGGAUCUCCAGUUGUACUUCAUUUUGAAAAGAGAUCUGUUGAGGACUUCUGCAACAAGUUACAUAGAUCUAUUGCCAAGGAAUUCAAAUAUGCUUUAGUAUGGGGCUCUUCAGUGAAGCAUCAGCCACAGAAAGUGGGCAAGGACCACAUUCUGAAUGAUGAAGAUGUUGUGCAAAUUGUCAAGAAAGUCUAACUCGAAGCACAAGCAAAGUCUCAUAAAGAGCAAUACCAUGUAUUGCUAAUGUGGCAUUGACAGAAACCAGGAGUGAGGGCCACGAUCACCACUUCUAAACAUUUCUAACAUUGGCUGGAACCCAAGGAAUAACUCAUCCCUUACUGUUAUGUUUUAAAUAAUUGAUUCUUGGUUCUUUUUUACCACAAAAUCAUAUUACUAUCAUAUUGUUUUCUUAAUAAUUUUCCUUAACCAACCAAUGAGUCUGUGUAACCAAUGAUUUAAUGAAUUCGUCAAAUAUAUCAUGGAAUACAACAAGUGGGUCUGACCUCUGGUAUCUGUUUUAAAAUAACAACCUGUUUAAGAAAAAUGCCACUCUUCUUGGUCUUACUGUAAAUAAAAAGUUACUACUAUUAUUAUU